CUCAUACUUUGACGAGCUCCACCUUUUUUCCAAAUGAAGUAGACGAUGAAACUAAUGAUAACAGUUGACAUGAGAACGAAGCCAACGAAGGCCACUACAGCCAAGAUUAGUGCCACAUCAUUCCCCUCAUCCGAGUCAGCUUCACUGCUGCUUUUAUCCUUCGACUUGGCAUUGUUUACGCCACUGUCAUUUUCAUCACCAGGUGUUUUGCUGCAAUCCGUGUUACCCUUACACCCAUCAGGUCCACUUGUUGUACUAGUGCUACUGCUACAGUCAAUCCAGACAUCUCCGUAGUGAGUAUCUUCACUGGCGUAAUCUUCACUAUAAUCGUCGGUAUAAUCGAUGAUGGUUUCCAUGUCAUAGGCACAGUCAAUGAGUCUAGCUUCAGUUCCAUAGCAGCCGACAUUGUCCAUUUGUAUUGGAGUGGAUAUAGACCUUCUUGUGGCCGUUUUAGUAGAAUACGUUCCU